CCAGCUGUCAUUCCAGACUCUACAACCUCUGCUCUGGAACUCAUUCGUUCACAACCUUCUCAAUACGUGGUCGCGUCCUUCGCAGGCAAAAAAUACAUUCUAACCCCUCGCGACCUUCUCACCGUCCCUCGUCUUCGCGACGUCAAAGUCGGAGACGUCCUUCAACUUGACGAAAUACAUGAACUUGGUUCACGCGAAUACACACUCCGUGGCAAUCCUGUCAUUCCCCCAUCAAGAGUACAGGUAGAGGCCACUGUUGUAGAACAUACCAAGGGGACCAUGGAGUAUAUCUUCAAGAAGAAGAGGCGAAAGGGUUACCAGAAGACCAUCCAACACAAACAGCCAUACACUCGCCUUAGAAUUGGGGAUAUUGAAAUUCCAAUAGCACAAUCAUAA